GUUCGCUUGUCUUCCGUUGUGUAGCAGUCUCAUGGUAGCCCCCGUGACACGAAGUCACCACACGACACGUGCUCUGCCAUGCCGAAACAACAGUACCAGUUGGAAGAUCGUCAUUUUAGAGACCAGAAUGGUAAUGAUGCAGUUUGGCGGAACACUAUUGAACCCAAUUCGGAAGCUGCGGAAAGUCACUGCGCCGCGACACCAAGCGUCUUUAGAAGAAGACUGCCUCAGGUUCUGGCGAACCUCGUGACCAAUCUUCUCGUACUGGAACUUUGUACGCCUGUCGCCUUCAGCACUGUGCUUAUAGCAGCGCUGCUGAAUGCCAAGCAGGACCUGUCCGUCACAAACGAUCAGGCGUCAUUGCUCGGAAGCAUCGCAUUCAUCUGCCAGCCAAUAGGGAGCCUGAUAUCCGGGAUAAUCGUGGAGUUCUUAGGCCGUAAGUGGUCCAUGUUGAUAGUCAACAUCCCUUUCCUAGUGGGCUGGCUUCUCUACUGCUUCUCCAAUUCCAUCACGACGCUCUACGUCGCAAAUAUUAUCCUAGGGAUAGGGAUCGGCUUUAUGGAGGCACCUAUUAUGACGUAUACUGCUGAGACCUGCCAACCCGAAAUAAGGGAUACUUUGAUUUCAAUUUCUGGAGUGGUAGCCCAGAUCAGCAGUUUCCUGGUGUACCUGACAAGCAACGUGACGGACUGGCGGACGCAGGCUGGCUUGAACGCCGCUCUCCCCAUCAUCGCUUUCCUUUACAUAACGCAGAUGCCGGAGACUCCAAUGUGGCUACUGUCACAUGGUCGGCAUGAUGAAGCCGAGAGGGCCUUAUGUUGGCUUCGGGGCUGGGUGACGCCAGACCUCGUCAGAGAAGAGUUCAACCAGCUCGUCAAAUAUAACAAGGAAGCCAAUAAAAUAAGGCAACGGACCAGAAUCACACACGGAAACGAUACAGACACAGUUCACACAACAAGCACGGUAUGUGCUAAUGAACAUCAUGAAAAUAACGCAUUUGAAGAUGAUGAAUCAGUUCAGCAUGGAACACUAAGCAGUCAAACUCUGAGCUGCAACCCAACACUUCAUGUCUCGCAGCACAGUGAUGAAGACAUGCCUCAUUCUUGCUUAAACAAGUGGAUGGAGUUGCUAGAACCCCCCACACUGCGCCCUCUGUUCCUGGUCAUCUCCUACUUCUUCUUGCUACAGCUUGGAGGGAUAUCCUCCAUCAAGCCCUUCAUGAUACAUGUGUUCCAAGAACUGGGUCUGGCAGAUGCGGCAUCAUGGAUCACUGUUGGGUCAGCAGUUGUUGGCAUCCUGGGGUCUGGCUGCACAGUCUUCACAGUGCACUGGCUUGGAAAGAGGUUCCUGUCAAUCAUAGCCAUGUUGGGUUGUGCAGUGGCCUGCCUCCUACUGGGGACAUACAGUUAUGUGGUGCUGCAGCCUGGUGGAGCCUCCCAGUAUGCCACAAAGUGGCUGCCUCUUGUUCUUAUCAUCAUUCUAUAUUUCUUCAAUAGCAUCAUGGCUGAGAUACCCUGGAUACUCCUUGGUGAAGUAUUCCCUUUCAGAACCCGUGGGAUUGCAAGUGGACUGUCAUCUGCAAUCUGCUAUGUGUUCAUGUUUACAGCCUCCAUAUCAUACCUACACCUAGAGCAGAAUCUGAAACUGUAUGGAGCAUUCUGGCUGUUCUGUUUCAUCAAUUCCAUUGGAGUUGCUUUCCUGUAUUGGAAAAUGCCAGAAACAGAUGGAAAGUCUUUGGCUGAAAUUGAGGAGUAUUUUACCUCUGGAAUCAGGACAUGCCACUUUAGCAUUCUGUAGUGUUAGAAGAAUUUGAAUGGGAUGUGAACCAACACUUACUUGCAGACUGUGUGUUCAAAUACUGCCUACAAAUGAAACAAGUUCUGAUAAGAGAUUAUGUGUCUAUUUCCUUAAAAUAUUUCAAUCUAAAUGAUGAACCUAGAAAGAUAUAUAAAUUAAGAAUUACAGCAUUUAAUGAUCAAUUUCUGUACAUAAUUUCCACUAGUGCAGAUUCUGACUAUGUUAAACUUGCCAUACCUAACCAUGAAGAUAUGAAAUAUUGCCAUUUUUUAAACAGAAAUUUCAUUAAAUUCCAUCUCCAUAUAAAAUGUAAAUUGCAGAGCUUCAAUGGUUCUUCAACUAUCUGCUACAAACACAGACCUAAAGGUACAUUUUACAUGGCUGACAUGUUGCCAUCUAAUAUUUUCUAAAAUAAUAAAUGCACCUUAUUCUGUGAAGUUCUUUCAUGACUCCAAAUAUCAGAAUUUUACAGAAUUUUAUCAGAAUUUUCCUUAAAUAAAUUAAAAUAAUAAUGCCGAAAAGUCCCAUAACUUAAAAAUGUAGCACUAGAGUUUCAGCCACAUAAGAAGUUAGCAUGGCCGCCAUGUUGACAUUGUUAAUAGCAACAAAUUAUAAAUUAUAAAGAUGUAAUAGUUUUUAAUGGCAUGAUGUUUACAGCAAGUUUUAUGAAAAUCUGUCUGUUGUUUCGACUAUUAUGAGGGGUAUAUGGAUAUGGACAUGAUGAUAAAAUAAGCUUGCACUUAUAACAUAAGGGAAGUAGGCUAAAAGCAACAUGUACAAAUGAUUUAAAAUAAACUAAACUGUUUAUUAUUGCAAGAAAAAUCUAAUAUUUCAUUAUGAGUCUAAAUUAAUACAAAGUAGUGUGAAGUUGAAAACCUGCUACUGAAUAGCCAAUAUAAAUAAAUCAUUUUAAUCAGUACAGAGUGAAUCAUGUAGCUGGUACCAAGUUCAUACUUUGCUCACUACCAAGAAAUCGCUACCAAAAACUUUUACGGUAUUCCACAAUUUUGCCAGAUAAAUGUUUGAAUAGUCUAUUCAAAAUGGAGGAAAAAUCUGCUAUCUUAUCCUUAUUUGCCUCCUCAGACCACUGUGUUAAAUUUAUGAUAUCACCAAGAGUUCAAGAGUGGAUCAUACCUCUGACACAGUCAGAUGACAUUGUGUGUUAUAACUGGUAUCAGCACACACUGGAAUAAAAUCAAGCAUAAUAUGAACAUUGUACACAACAGAAGAAGGAAAUAUUGUCAGUAAUAGCUGAUGCAAAAACAAAUCUGUGUAUUAACAGUAUCAGUGGGUUCAUUAACAAAACAGUGCUGGAAGUGACACAGAGGGGCUCUUGUCUCUAGCAAAGAUUUAACCACAGAGUUAUGUUAAACUUUCAGUAAUUAUGCAACUAUCAUACAGAGUGCAGUUUUGUUACUCUCAUUUAAAUAUGUUGCUAAUACAGUAAACACUCAUUAUAACAGACCCAGUCAUAGCAGAUUUUAGAUAUAAUGGACAAAAUAUGGCUGUGUACAACUGUGAAUGUUUAAAGAUGAUGAGGCACUGAGAAGGUUUUGUAGUUAGAAAACUAUCUAAAAUAAAAAAUAAUUCCAAUAUAAAAACCUAUAUAUAAUCACACUGUGUGUUUCCAUGUUUAUUGUGUGUACUGGGUAUGUAUCCUAUGGUGUACUUUUGUGAAUAUGCCUUCAUUCAAUUAUAGCAGAGAAUGGCAAUAACAGAAAUCCUGUCCCCCCUAUAAGUCCAUUAUAACAAGGGUCUGCUGUAUUGUAUUUGAGCAUCCUGUUGCAUUAGUUGAGCAUUUGAUAUGUACUGUGAGUACAUAUACUAUAUUUCUGUGGGUACAUGAAUAGCAGAAUUCAUAAUGAACUUUCUGCUGAAUCUGAAACUCUGCAGUGGCCACUCUGUCUGCAAGUUCCACUGACCAAGGUUUUUAAA